UCAAACGGCACACCGCCUAGUUGCAUGACUGGUUUACUCACAAUGUUGCUGUUACCACUGGUUUUAGUGUUCUGUUGGACACAUUUGGGAGCUGCUGACGGUAACGUGGAGAUUUACUUCCACUCUUAUUUCGACGGUAAUCUAAAACAAAGCAAUGGAGAUUGCUGUCUCCCUGCUGUUGGUGUUUGCUUGAAGAGCUGUGGCAACUAUUUUGAAGUGUGUUAUCGACCUGUCAAUACAACUGAACUCUUUCUGACCUGUCAGACAACUGGAGUGCUUCUCACUGCAACUGAUCCACUAUUUACAUCGCUUUCUAGCAUAACAUUUACAUUAAACCAAACGUUGGGAAAUGGUGUAAGGAACCCCAUUUCUUUGUUUUUUAAAGGUUCCUGGCCGGUAAGUGAGUUUUGACAUCUUCAGUUGAAUGUAGGAUGACCUUGCAAUGUAAUGACAUGUUGAUCAUGCUAGGGUGGAUUGAAUCUGGA